CUCGAACGAUCGGGGAAGGCAAACUAAACUGAGAGAGACGAUGCUAUGAGAACUUCUUAGCUCUGGUUGAAAUUCUAGGCCGAUAGAUAAAAAGGUGGCGGUUUGAAGGUCAAGCUUACGCCGUCGGAUUCGCGAUUUACACAGUAGCCUCAGUCCGCUUACUGCCCAUGUGGAGCUCUGAUUUCAAGUUAUCACGGAAACGCCCAAUGAAGAUCUCUCAACCGCUGAGAAUUCUCGAGAUAUAGUCAUGAUAUCCACGCCUUGACUGCUCCGGGGAUAGUUUGGACGAAGUACUGAAAAGUUGGCCGAUGAAGACGAUAAGCAUCAUCCGGAGACUCACCGAGAGCGCCAACAAUUCGCAGCCGCAUGUGCUUUCUGUCUGGGCAUUUCUUGUCCUCUCUGUUCAUGUGCGAUUACAAGGUGUUGCUCCGAAUUAAUUUACCAUGAGCGGGCUUGCAGUCUCUCCUUUCAUUGCCUCUCUUCCCAAGGUUGAGCUUCACAUCCACAUCGAAGGCACACUUCAGCCAGCUCUGCGAUGGAAACUGGCUCAGCGCAACAACAUUCCGCUGCGCUUCAAAUCACAGGAAUACCACACCUAUGAAGAGCUCCUGGAGUCGUACAACGUUACCUAUAACCAUCGUCCGGAACUCGGUGGCCGCAAGGAUGUACCGACAUUUCUAGAGGCUUAUUUUGCGGGCUGUGAGGUUCUGCUCAAAGAAGAUGACUUUUAUGACCUUGCCAUGGAUUAUCUGGCGCGAUGUCGCGAGAUGAAUGUUCGCUAUGUCGAACCGUUUUUCGACAUCCAAGCACAUACACGCCGUGGCGUCCCUGCAGAACAUGUGUUGAACGGCUAUUUGCGAGCACAACGUGACGGCGCAUCCAGAUACGGAGUGCGAUCCAACUGGAUUUUCUGCUUCUUGCGGGAUGAGCCUGUCGAAGACGGUGAAGCCGCAUAUCAAACAGCCCUACCGUGGGCCAAGUCUGGACACGGUCUGUUCCACGCAGUUGGCCUUGCCAGCAACGCUUAUGAACGGCCUCCGAUAUUGUUCAAGAAGGCAUUUGAGCGAGCUCAAGCGGAUGGCCUUCACAUCACGACGCAUUGCGACUUUGGACAAAAGGACACGCACGAACAUAUUCGCCAGGCCAUUUUUGACGUGCAAAUAGAGAGGAUUGACCACGGCCUUGAUGUGCUCGAUCGAGAUGAGCUUAUAGCAGGUCUAGUCAAACGAAAUGUCGGCUUGACUCUCUGUCCACACGCCUACCACCGACGCACCGCAACCGAGGUUCUUUUCCCAAAGCUACGACAGCUGCUAGACAGAGGAGUGAAGUUUUGUAUCAACAGUGACGAUCCUGUGUACAUGCACGAUGUCUGGAUCGACGGCAACAUGGAAAAGGCGUAUCAUUAUGGAGAUUUGACGAAGCAAGAGAUGGUGCAGCUGGCGAGGAAUGCGGUCGACAUGUGCUGGGCGGAUGAGGCUGUGAAGAAGGGCAUUUACGAUGAACUGGAUCGGGUAGAUGUGGGAUGAGAGAACGUUUGAUGAUUGUGUCAACAACAAUUAAGAAAUUGUCAAUAUGGCCUUACGUUGACGGACUUAACGGAGCAAGUACAUGUAGUGAAAUGGUGAUGCAAAAGUUCUGUGUAAGCUAACCUUGAAGAUAGAUAUUACCUCGGUUUCAUCAAUACGAUGCUCGCGAAAGUUUCCCAAGAUGAUAAAUCGUGUAAU